CACGUAAAAUAGCCACAUCACCUCCCGUCCAAUCAGACGCCAUCCGCUCAUCCUGCCUCGUCACGGUACCCGCUCCGGAUGCAGUUGUCAUGGAGAUGGAGAAGAGCUCCGCGUCUGCCGGUAGCUCUGUUACCAUGGAGACGCCUCUGACCGCAGCAGCAGCAGCAGCCGGAGCCGCAGCCGCACCGAAGCCGGAGCAUCAGACACCUGGACCGGGACCAGGAGCAGGACCGGGACCAGGGGCAGUGUUCCAGGACUCCAAGUACCGGCUGCUCAUCAUCAUUGGAGAUGUGAGCUCCAGCCACCACCUGGACGGUGCCAGGACGCAGAUCAGAGACGGGCUGCGUUCGUGGAACGUUGAUCUGAGCGUGUGCGACCUGAACGAGGAGUUGCAGCUGUUUGAGACCAGACACACGGCCCAGUUCUCCUCAGAGGUCAAAGGUCAGCGGACUCUGCGGUACCACAGUGAUGUUCUGGAAACGGUGGUUCUGGUGAAUCCGUCAGAGGAAACCACAGCUUCAGAGAUCUCAUCUCUGAUCACUGACUUUUCUGGGAACAAACUGCUGAUCCUGACUGGACCGAGUUCAGACCAGGGGGGAGACGUCCUGCUGCCAAGUGGACCCUUCACUUGGACGCACUUCUGUGACAUCAUCACCAGUCCUCAGGUGACUGACGUCCUGUCCAGAGGCUCAUCGCAUCCCCCCCGGCUCACCAUCUCCUGUCAGGGUGACGGGGGCUGGAGCUCCCUGGGCCAAAGCCAGGAGCAGCAGCAUCUCAAGAGCCUUCUGGACUAUCGCCUGAACCCUGACCCUCAGCUCCCCGACAUGGACGGAGUCACUGAGUUCACCGAGUAUGUCUCCGAGACCGUAGAUGUUCCCUCGCCGUUCGACCUACUGGAGCCUCCAACCUCCGGCGGCUUCCUGAAGCUGUCCAAACCCUGCUGCUACAUCUUCCCUGGAGGCAGAGGAGACUCGGCUCUGUUCGCCGUCAACGGCUUCAACAUCCUGGUGGACGGAGGCUCUGACCGUAAAUCCUGUUUCUGGAAGCUGGUCCGUCACCUGGACAGGAUUGAUUCGGUGCUGCUGACUCACAUCGGUGCAGAUAACCUGCCCGGUAUCAACGGUCUGUUCCAAAGGAAGAUCGCAGAGCAGGAGGAAGAACGGAACCAAGGAUCCGGCUCGAGCAGCAACGGAGAAUGGAUGAAGAACCUGAUCUCUCCUGAACUUGGCAUUGUGUUUUUCAAUGUCCCAGAGAAGCUCCGGAUGCCCGAGUCCACACUGAAAGUGAAGCGAAGCAUUGAAGAAGCGUCGCUGACGCUGCAAUACCUCAACAAGCUUGGCAUUACACCCGAACCUCUCCACAGGGUUGUCAGCAACACCAUCGAACCCAUCACGUUGUUCCACAAACUCGGAGUGGGGAAGUUGGACAUGUACAUCCUGAAUCCAGUCAAAGAAAGCAAAGAGAUGCAGUUUUUGAUGCAGAAAUGGGCUGGAAACAGUAAAGCCAAGACUGGGAUCAUGAUGGCCAACGGAAAAGAAGGAGAAAUAUCUGUCCCAUAUCUGACCUCGGUCACUGCCCUCAUCGUUUGGAUCCCUCAUCGACCCACAGAAAAGAUUGUCCGGGUUCUCUUCCCUGGAAAUGCUCCGCAGAAUAAAAUCUUUGAGGGUCUGGAGAAACUGAAGCACUUGGACUUCCUUCGAUACCCGGUGGCGACUCAAAAAGACCUUUUAUCUGGAGCCCCGCCUCCAAUUAUCAAGCAGACCAAGAUGAGAUCAAGAACCGACAGCAAAGAGAGUCUAAAAUCUUCACCCAAGCCUCACUCGAAAACAUCGAAGAAAGAAGGCGGUGGACAGGAGGACGAGACCAAGGGCGAACUUAUGAAAGAAAAAGCAGAGAAGAAGGAAGAGAAGAAACUGAAAAGCGAAAGUCUGAAAGCAAACAAACAGAAGAAGAACAGUGAGGUGGCUCCGGCAACAGAGAAGAAGAAGAAGAUAUCCAAAGAAAAAACUGCCAAGCAGGAAAAAUCAUCCAAGAUGGAGGAGAAAAAAGACAAAGAGAAGAAAGAAGUGAAGAAGGAAAAAGCAAAGAAAGAUGAAAACAUACGAAAAGAAGAGAAAAAAGAAACUAAAGCCAAGGAAGAAAAGAAGAAGGAUCCAAACAAACCAGAGCUCAGAAAAAUCACUAAACCCGACUUGAAGCCUCUCACUCCUGAAGUGAGGAAGACUCUGCACAAGGCCAAGACCCAGGCCAAACCCAAGGCUGACAAGAACAAAGCCAAGGAGGAGGCAGAGAAGAAGAAACCCACCCCAAAGAACAUUCCAGAGGAGGUGGCAGCUGCCGCUUUGGCAGAUCGUUCCAUUGUUUCCUCUCCUGAAGACCUCACCGAGGACUUCGAGGCCCUGAAACAAGAGGAGUCCAAACAGAAGAAUGAAGCGAUCCAGAAUGACGUCCUGUCAACCCAAACGGUCCAUGAUGACACUGAGGAGAAGGUCCAGGCCCUGCCCACUGAGGUGAAACCUGCCUCCCCAAAAUCUCCAGAGAAACCUCAAAGUCCACUAAGACCCGCUGAAAUUAAGGAUGUAAGCAAUGUGUUCGACAAAAAGUAUGAGGAGGAAAAAAUGGAGAAAUAUGACAAAUACCCGGUUAAAGAUCGAUCGAAAAAGAGUGACAGCUCAGAGGAGGAGGGUGACGUCAUCGAGAAAGCUGAGCUAGAAGGAACCGAAGACGACGAAGUUCUCAAAUACAAACCAGAGGAGGCCAAAAAAGAAAAACAUGGAAAGGAAUGGGAUGCCAAACCGGCCGAGCACAAACUUCCUGAUCCAACAGCCGCUGCGGCUGCCUCGGCUUCGGAGCAGUUCUCCUACAUCCAAGAUGAGACUAUCCCUGGGUACUCCGAGACUGAACAGACCAUCUCAGAUGAAGAGAUCCACGAGGACACUGAAGACCGGAUCCCACAGCUCAGGUACGACGUGGGCUCCUAUGACGUCUCUGUUCCCGAUGUCCCUGGAACCUUCGACUCCAUGCAUGGAAUUAAAGAGAUGAAGAGCUCUGCUGUAUCCGAUGUCCCAGAUGUUAAACCUAAAACCUUCUCUGGAGCUCCUGAGCCGGAGCUGGCGCCUUACCCAGCCAUUAUUGCAGCUCCACUUGCAGAGGAGGAGCACAUCUCCUCAGCAACAUCCAUCACCGAAUAUGACAAACUGUCCUCGUUUGCCACGUCUGCCGCUGAGGACCAGUCCAUCACCUCGGUGACAGCGCCUCAAACUGAGGAUGCUGGAAGGAAUUCACUGUUACUGGAUGCUGUCAACAACCUCCCGUCCAAAGCAGAGGUGGCUCUUGGGAAGGACUACCUCCACUCUGCUGGGACAAUCUCACCCACAUCUUCCCUGGAGGACGACAAAUGCUUCAAAUCCCCCUCCUCCGAUGAGUUUCAGCCCAACAUUCCUGAGAUGGAAGCUGAUGCAAAGACCAAAUCCAUUCAUGAAGAAGAUGACGAGGAGGAGGAGGAUGAUGAAACUCCAAAUGUUGACAUUCCUUUGGGGAAACUCCAAGAGGGCUAUGAACACGCAACGUCCAUGAUGCUUCAGGAGAAAGAGAAGUCUCCCCCAGCGGCUGUUUUACCUCUUUCGUUCCCCCCGACACAGACCUUCAGAGAAAAUCAGGGUUUGUUCAGCUCUGACUUUAAACCCGGUGCUGAGCUGAAGCCCAUGUCACCUCCUCUAUCCUCCUCCCCAGGGUUGGACUCCCACUCCAGGCAGGAGAGCGAGGAUAGAUGCCUGAGUCCAGAUGACAGCACCAUGAAAUUGGCCUCGCCCACUCAGUCUGUACCGACCAGCAGCGGAUAUUCGCCAACUGAAGACAAGGCAAGUAAGACAGACCUGAAGGCCGAAAAGUCUGUCACAAUCUCUGACAACACCUCUUUCAUUGGGCUGCAGGGUGAACCCACCACCUUCGAAGCAUCUGAAGAAUCAGAUGAAGAUGAAGAUGAUGAGGAUGACGACUACAGCAAAAAGGAUCUGCAGCCCACUGUGAAGGCUAAGCUGAUGGAGGCUAAAGAAGGCUGCUUCCUGGACGAUGACUUCCGCUUUGAGGUGAAAUCUUCAAAGACAGAAACUGUGAAGAACUCUGAUAAGGCACAAGAAGAGAAACCAAAACCACAGAUAGUCACCUCUGAUGAAGAUGAAAAAGAUGACGAAUUCCCAGACGUCAAAGGGAUAAAAGAAAGUAAAGUAGGCUUUCAACCCGAUGAGAAAACAGAUGUUGCUUUUAAAGAACCUGAGAAGAGCGUUCACUUCAGUCUCUACAACUACCCAGAGAAAGAAACCAAACAAAGAGGCUCAGAAAGAUAUAUCAGACAGGACACGCCUUACGUUCACGGAAAAACAUUUUCUUACAGCGACUUUUACGACAGUAAAGCAAGCUCCGUGGAUUCAUAUGACUCUUUUCGGCAGGAGUCUGUAGAGAAGUCAGAGAAGGAUGUUGGAAAAGGUGAAGUAGAUUCACAGAAAUAUGAGCCAUUGUCAACAGUAACAUCCUCUGAGAAGCUGCCACAAAAGGACUUGUACGAAAAGGAGUCCUCCGCAUCGUCAUGGCUCAACUCAAAGAGCACUGCUGCUUCUUUUUCACCUCCAUUUGAGAAAGAAGUCAAAGAAAAGGAGACUUCAGAUGUUUUUGGAGGAUGUCGCUUCCCUUCAGUUGCUGACCGACCUGAAGCGUCAUCAACGUCACUGUCGUCAGAAAAAGAUCCUUCAAAAGUCGAAACAGAAAGUACAAAGUCCAUCACAUACGGUGAGAAAGGAGCCUGUCUGGAGGUUGAUAUGCGAAAGCUGACAGCCAGGGAUGAAGAGGACUAUGAUGAUGAUGAAGUUGUUGAUGAAGAUGAUGAGGAAGAUGAAGAAGAAGAAGAGGAGGAGGAGGAGGAGGAGGAAGUUGCUGUUGAUUCAGAUACAGAGAAAGGAGUUAAAGAGAAAUCAGAGAAGGAUAAAAGUCCGAUUACUGAGAUGUUUGGCUCUAAUCGACCUGAGUUUAUGAUUUCUAUGGCAGGGUACGGAUACAACAGUCAGGGCAAACCAAGUCCAACAGAAACCAGCGUGAGUCCAUCUGCAAAACCUGAAAACAAAACCCCCACCGAUGUUAGUGUAAAACCAGGAGCAUCAGGAUUCUCUGGGUUUUCCUCUGGGUUUGAAUACUCACAUGGAGGAGACAAAGACCUGUUUCCACCUAGUGCACAUGAACAAAAAGAAGAUUUCACUGUUAAAUCAAAAGAGGAUUUGUUCACACUGAAAUCAACCCAGGAAACGUACCUGGAGAGUGACCGAUCGGAUCCAGAGUUUGACAAACAAAAGACUCCAGAUCUUCUGAGUAAGAGCUCCCUGGACACCAGUUUCCAAUAUUCCACCACCGUUGCUCCAGCCUAUUCCUCCUCCUCAGCGUACAGCUACUCCUCCUCCACUUCUGGAUCACUGUCCACCAGCCGUCAGUUCGGUGAGGAGCUGGAGACGCCAGCCUCUGCCGAGCCUCUGUUUGAGUACUCCUUUAAGGAUGAGCACUCCUCUGUCACAGACUCACCAUUCUCCAGCUCUGGUGGUGUAAAAGAUGACUACCUGGAGGUGUCGGAGAAACAAAUCACUGCUACGACCACGGCCGAGUCCAGCUCCAGUUUAGCCCGAUUCUCACCUCUGAGCCCCUUCGAGGAGGUCAAAACCUUCCCUCCACUUUCAACCACUGCUUUGUCUGAACAUAAGGACCAUACAACCAUGUUAGGUGGAGCUGUGGACAAAGGCCCACAGGCUGAAUGCUUUUACAAACCUGAUUGGUCUGAAGGAUCCAAACUGGACUCGGCUGGUGGAUUUGGACUCUACUCUCACCAAACUGAACUCUCCAAAGACAAAGAGGCAGCUAGUGCUGCUCUGUUUGGUGUCACUUCAUCGCCACGUCCAGAAGUAGAAGGCAAACAUUACUUUGAGGAGACAGACAGCAGCGAAGAGGAGGAUGAGGAGGCCUAUAUGCGUGAGAUGACUCAUAAAUCCCCAUCGGGCAGUGGUCAAAGUGGCAACCUGUUAUUCUCUGCUCCUCCAGCUGAGAAGCCCCUCCCAGAUGUUCUUCGCUCUUAUGUGCCAUCACCUCUACAACAGAGCAAGCCUGACACCACCAAUGGGCCCACAGAGGUCACCACAAGGUCACCGUUGCCUGCUGGAGCAGUAGCCACUGCUGGUGGUGCAACACCAACUCCAACCAAAGCCGAGCCCAAAGAGGAAGGAGCAUCUUACCGGAGCACCUACGAGUGGGAGCUGCCGAAGCCUCAGAUUGGGAUGGUUCCAGGUGACUCACCUCCUCAUUAUCGACAUGACGAUGAGUUUGAAGAGGAGUGUGAGAUGGAGCCAGAACAUCCCGCCCGUCCACUGUCACUAUCUUCAACAGAUCAGCCACUCCGGUCGCCGUUUUACACCGAAGGGGGGGAAAGGGAUGAUGAGGACAGUGACGACCAGGAUCUGGCUGAUGAAGUCCCGAUGGGAGCUGCCUCCUCCUACACCAGCCGCUCCUCUCCUGGAUAUUCGUCGUCAGAGCAGCGGCAGCGCAAAGAUGACCUUUCACCCUCCUUUAUUAACCCUUGCAUGAGACAGCUGUCUAGUGAUGAAGAGGAGGAGGAGCAGGGACGCAGGAGUGACCAAUCACAGGAAGGAGAUGAGCAUGACCUAUCAGUGAAAAGACGAGCCCACAAACAGCCUCGGCAGUCGCAUAGCGGUUCCCUGAACCAGACCGGAGGUCUAUCCGCAGGCCUGGGACUCGCCACGGAGGACACCCCACCCACCUCUGUCAGCGAGUCCUUAGCUUCACAGUCUGACUCUGAUCUGCCUCCAGGCACCGAGGACUAUCCAUCUGCCACUGGCGAAGGCAACAUGGACUCAGACGAGGAUGCAGAGUACAUGCCAGUUGAUAAAUUAUCUGCAGGUCACUCCGGUUCAAGAAGAAGCCAGGAUCCUCCUCCGGUGCUGCCCAUGGAUCCAUAUCCUCAUCCUCCUCACCCAGACGUGUGCAUGGUGGAUCCAGACUCUGUGGAUAAUGGUUCCAUCAAAAAGGAAACAAAACCUAAAGGGUUGAAGAAGAACUCGGGGAAAACUAAAUCAGCUUCCCCUGCUCGGCGUAAGAGGUCUCCGAUGCCAGUCAAACAGACACCAUCUCCUCGCAGUGCCUCACUGAAGAAGAAGGACACUGAUAAAAGCUCUCGGAUGUCUCGUCUGUCAGAUGGACAGGGCUCCAAAGAUGACGACCACUCCAGGUCCAGCUACAACCCUGGAAAAGGGCUGAGCAAUGGAGUCAAGAGCAGCUCUGGUUCACAGAAGUCCAGUUCUGCAGCUGCUGGUCUUCCUAUUUAUGUAGACUUGGCCUACAUCCCGAACCACUGCAGUGCCAAGAACGUUGACCAGGAGUUUUUCAAGCGUGUUCGAUCGGCAUACUACGUGGUGAGUGGAAAUGAUGCGGCAAGUGGUGAACCAUGUCGAGGAGUCCUGGACGCCCUGCUAGAGGGGAAGGCCCAGUGGGGAUCGAACCUCCAGGUGACGCUGAUCCCGACCCACGACACCGAGGUGACCCGAGACUGGUACCAGCAGAGCCACGAGCGGCAGCAGGAGCUCAACGUCAUGGUCCUGGCCUCCAGCAGCACUGUCGUCAUGCAGGACGAGUCUUUUCCUGCCUGCAAGAUCGAGUUCUGAUGGAGCGUCGGGUUCUGUCCGGUCCGUGGUACAUCCGGUUGAGUCCCGUCUGUAGCCUGGUGUUCACAUCUGGGUUGGCUUCGUAAAGCCCACGCAGAUCUGGGUAUCGGACCGUUUUCUACAUUUUUAUUUAUUUAUAAUCUGGUCGUUGUCCUGUUUUCUGUUGUAACUCGGAGACAGCGGCGUCCAACACCAUGAGCCCGUUCAAAAACCACUGGUCGAAUAUGAACAAAUGAGGCGCAGUAAACCAGGUCGCUCUUCGUCUAAUUGACCCUUCGUUAAGACAUUGACAGAUAUUCGCAGAAAAACAGUCGUUCUAAAUGGAGAAUGGUUUGAUUUACAUUCACCAAUGUUGUGCUCAAACCAUAAAUGAAAAAAUCGACAAAUAUCUCAGUGAAACGUUGACAAAAAGGACUAGAAUAUGCACUGUAGUGGUAGCUUGAUUGUUCAAACUCAUUAGCUAGCUAACCUCAUCUAGCUGUUAGCAAUUAACAUGAUGAACAUUAAUAUUAAGAAUGUUUCAAAUCAGAAAUAUGGGUUUAAAGAUAGAAACAUUAUUUGUUAAGAGCUGUUUGCUAAUCUAGCUCACGUUAUAUUAGUUAGCUAAUCUAAACAAAGGAGCUUUUAUUGAUCAAAUUAGCACUAAACUGUGAAUGUAACUGGUCUAUUUACAUAUUAUAGUCCUUUCUGUCUCAUGUUUGAUUUACUGAGCUGUUAUUUAAGAAAUGUGAUCAAUAAAAACUACCUUUGCUCUGA